AUGGCCGCCAGCUCCGGCGACCACACUGCCAGUGGCGGCGGCGUUGGAUGCGCAAGUGGGGAGGAAAGCGCGUGCUCCACACCCUUCGUAAGCGCGCCGUCCAGCCCCGACCGGGACCCGUCGUUCUCCGCUGCCUGUUGCUUCUACAGCGCGCCGUCCAGCCCCGCCCGCGACCCGUCGUUCUCCGCUGCCGGUUGCUUCUACAGCGCGCGGCGGCCCCGGCACUGCGGAUGA